AUGGGCGUUAUUCGCAAGAAGACGGCGACGAGGGGAGGCGAGGGUGGUGUGAAAUACGUAUGCGACGUUUGCUCGUGCGACAUUACGUCGACGGUCCGUAUCAGAUGCGCCGACCCUGCAUGUUCGGACUUUGACCUCUGCGUGCCCUGCUUCGGCAAGGGAGAGUCUCGCAACGCCCACGAUCCCGCCACACACUCGUUCCGCGUAAUCGAGCAGAAUUCGUUUCCCAUAUUCGACCGUGAAUGGGGAGCUGACGAGGAACUGUUGCUGCUCGAGGGCGCGGAGAUAUACGGACUCGGCUCGUGGGCGGAUAUCGCCGACCACAUUGGCGGGUUCCGCGAAAAGGACGAAGUGCGCGACCACUAUCUCAAGACGUUUGUCGACGCACCCACCUUUCCGCUGCCCAAGAGAUGCAGCCCCCAUGACUGCGAGCUUGCCAACGAAAUCCCACGCGAAGAGUUUCAGUCCCGCAAGAAGCGGCGGAUCGAAGAGCGGAGAGAGGCGUCUAAGAAUGCGCCGGCCCUUCAGCCAAAGACGAAGCCGACGGCCAGUGUCCCCAGCUGUCACGAGAUCCAGGGUUACAUGCCUGGCCGUCUCGAAUUUGAGACGGAGUAUGCCAACGAGGCUGAAGAGGCGGUGCAGCUCAUGCAGUUUGACCCUGGUGAUGGGUUGAAUCCGAGGACGGGAGAGCUCGAGCCCGAGAUGGAGCUCAAGCUGACCGUAAUGGAAAUCUACAACUGCCGUCUCACGCAGCGAGUGGAACGCAAAAAGGUGAUUUUCGAGCACAAUCUACUCGACUACCGGGAAAAUACCAAACAGGAAAAGAAAAAGACCAAGGAAGAAAAGGAUCUGCUGCAGAGGGCCAAGCCCUUUGGUCGCAUCAUGAACCACAAAGAUUUCGAAGAUUUCACCCAGGGCUUACAGGAUGAGCUGAAUCUCAGGCAGGCCAUUGCCCAACUACAAGAAUGGCGCAGUCUGCGGAUAGGGGACCUUCGAAGCGGCGAAAAGUAUGAAACAGAAAAGUCCACCCGGAUACAGAAAUCCAUACCUAUGGGGUCCAUGGAUAGGGAGCGGUUGGCAUCCAGCCAGCGCUCAAAGGCCCAACCUCCCCCAGAGCCCCCAAGCGGUGCAGCACUUCUCAUCGCCCCCGAGCUGCCCAUACGCUCGGCACAAGCCAACGGAGAAACGAAUGGGGAGGACGUCAAGCCCUUGACCAACGGCCACGCCAAUGGGGUCAACGGCGUCAACGGCAUCAACGGGGUCAAUGGCCAUAGCCCAAGCAAGCAAAAAUAUGUUCCACAGCCCAUCUCAGGCGUACAGCCCUUGCAGUUAACGCAAGAGAACGCCCCUGACUUGCAUCUCCUCACACCAGAGGAGGCGAAGCUGUGCGAGGUGGUUCGGCUGCAGCCCAAGCCAUACCUGAUGAUCAAGGAGCAAAUCCUCAAGGAAGCCAUCAAGGGCAACGGAACGCUUAAGAAGAAGCAAGCCAAGGAGAUUUGCCGACUGGAUUCACAAAAGGGAGCUAGACUAUUUGACUUUUUCAGCAACGCAGGGUGGGUCGGCAAGGCAUGA